AUGAAUUUGAGGAGGCAUUGUCAACUGAACGUCGGGCUUAUAAGCAAGCCCGACAUCAGGCUACAGGAAUUUCUUACGGCUCAGACAAAGGACGCAAAGAAGAAGAAAUGGAAAUCCGAGAAGGCCCACAAUCGAUUCCUUUGGUUACAACAAAUGAAGGAACAAGAGGAGGCGAGACGCCGUUGUUGCGCCCAACAAAAGGGAUCUACCGGGGGUUUGCAGGCUAUCCAGAUUGAAGAAACGUUACAAGAUGGCACUAUGCGGCAGCGUACUAUCACUAAUUGUGCUCUGGUAGAAGAAGGUUGUAUGCAAGAAAAUGCAGCACAGUACGACCAGACGCGAGCUCCACAUAUGACCCCACCUAUGGCAGAACCCUUGUAUACAGCUUUCAGCGGAGCUAAGGCCAAAUCAAAUUCUAUUGCACUCUUGAAAGGGCAUUACUCCUUUCCCGCUCUGCUCGACCCUUCUACUGCAGCCUCUUUUCCCAUUGCCAAUUUCACAAGGAUCAUUCACCCAUACACCUUGAGGUUACGACCUCCAAUUACAUGUACUUCUGGUCCCGGAAUCCAGAGGACAGGGGUUCUGAACCCCAUGGGUUUCACAACGGCCACUUCAAGGCAGCUGCCCAGUCACCACUUAUUGCCUACUGUGAUGCUCUGUUUUGCAAUAUUCCCUUGGCAACUGGAUUCGUCCACUCAUAUUGGCAGAACUUAG